AUGGAUAUUGGUUCUAUCGCUGCCAGCGUUGCAGGGGCAAGUACGCUUGCCGCGUAUCUCAAUGCCAAGUUCCAUGUCACUAAGGAUGUGUCCAAUCUCAUGUCUGUAAAGCAAGGCGAGCGCGAAUAUGCGCGGGCGGUUCGCAACGGCCGUGGGAACCCUUGGUUCCUCUUCACCGAGACCGCGAAGAAGUACCCAAACAUGUCUUGCAUCUGGUCGCGCGAGGGCGCGUACACCUACACGCAGGUCCAGGGUCUAGCCUGCCAAUACGCCCACCUCUUCCUCUCUAUGGGUGUAAAACCAGGCGAACUCGUGGGACUCUAUCUGCAAAAUUGCCCUGAGUACCUUUUCGCAUGGCUCGGGCUUUGGAGUAUUGGCUGUGCUCCUGCGGCAAUCAACUAUCAUCUCGCGGACGAUGCGCUCCUCCACUGCUUGAAAAUCAGCGGGACCCGGUUGCUUUUGGUCGAUAACGAUGCCGAAUGCCGCCAGCGGAUAGAAGCCGCGAGGGAAAUCCUCGAAGGGGAACUGGGUAUGGAGCUUGUGAUGAUGGAUUCUGUAUUUCGCUCGUCUGUUUCGACCUAUCCAGCCACCUUCCCUCCUAUGGAGUACGCCCUAGACAUGCAAGGCUCGUUCCCCGCCAUCUUGAUCUACACUUCCGGUACCACCGGCAAACCUAAAGGCUGUGCUUUCACCAUGGCCCGUUUCUACGCGGGAAAGAGUCCACGGCGCCACUCGACGGGCGAUAGGGAUGGCCCUGAUGGCGACCGCUGGUACUGUGCCAUGCCAAUGUACCAUGGUACAGGAGGCCUAUCUCUUAUGUUUGCUCUGUGUACUGGCGUUAGGAUCGCUAUUGGCCGUAAGUUUAGCGUCCGCAACUUCUGGCGUGACGUCCGCGACUCGGACUCGACAUAUAUCGUCUACGUCGGUGAAGCAGCUCGGUACCUACUUGCAGCACCCCCGUCACCAGACGACCGCAAUCACCGAGUUCGUUGUAUGUAUGGCAAUGGACUUCGCCCAGACGUCUGGGAACGGUUCCGCGACCGCUUUGGAGUCGCGGAAAUUAUGGAAUUCUUUAACAGCACUGAGGGAAUGUUCAGCCUCUAUAACCAUAAUAACGGCCCUUAUACUGCUAACAGCGUCGGCCACCAUGGAGUCCUGUCGCGCUUGAUGCUGCGCAACGUUUUUGUGCCCGUGGAAGUCGAUCCGACGACAGGCGACAUUAUCCGUGAUCCCCGGACCGGCUUCGCGACCCGUCCACCCUAUAAGCAGGGUGGCGAGAUGCUCGUGGCCAUUCCCAACGAAACAUCCUUUCAGGGCUACUGGCAUAACCCGGAAGCCACGGCCAAGAAAUACAUCCGCGACGUCUUCCGCACGGGAGACUUGUACUACCGGACUGGAGACGCGCUGCGGCGCGAGGAUGACGGGCGAUGGUAUUUUGUGGACCGCUUGGGUGAUACGUUCCGAUGGAAGAGUGAGAAUGUAGCAACUGCCGAAGUCGCUGAAGUGAUUGGCUGCUUCCCGGGUGUCCAGGAAGCAAAUGUUUAUGGGGUAAAAGUCCCCAACCACGAGGGACGAGCCGGGUGCGCCGCGCUUAUGCUCGCCCCAGAGACAAAAGCGACCUUUGACUUCAAAGCCCUGGCGGCGUAUACGCGCGCUAAACUGCCGAAAUAUGCAGUCCCGGUAUUCCUGCGUGUCAUCGAGAGCCCAGUCCAUAUCGGCAACCAUAAACAGAACAAGGUGCCGCUACGCGACGAGGGCGUGGACCCGGACAAGGUGGGCACCAAGGUGAGCGACGGCAUGGAGGACCGGUUCCUUUGGCUGCCUCCUUGGGAGGAAGGAUACAUUGACUUCAACAAAGCGGACUGGGCAAAACUGACCGGUGGAGGUGCAAAACUGUAG